AUGAAAUCAUUCGGCCAAAAUUUACAAGCUUUAGAGCUAGAUGAGACGCCUGUUGUUCAAUACUAGUCAUACCAUUAGAGGCACUAAGUGAGAAUAAAUGGGAGAGUAUAUGAUCAUUUCAAACCGCAAAAAUACAGGUUAGAUCAAAAGUUUAUAGAAAUAAUGGAAAUCAUUGAGCAUCACUAUCGAGGGGUAUUUUACUCUAAACCAGACUAAGUAAGAAUAGAAUAGUGGAUGAAGAAAUUAUGUGAUAAUUGCUGCGAGAAAGUGCCUCUAAUGAAAAAUAGGAAUAGAUACGCAAAGCUACUUAAGCUGUGCAUUAUAAAUAUCAAAAGACUGGAGGGAGUUUUUAAGAAAAUGCCUCCAAGUGAUGGAGAGGACCUUAGAAUGAUUUAAAAUCAUGAAAUACUGGAUAUUGAGCAUCAAACAUAAUGUAACAACAAGAAACAGAAGAAGAGUCAGAAGAAAGCCCUCGAACUUUAUCAAUUAAAUUCUUAGAAGGCAAAAUUUAAUAUUGAAUCUCAUAGGAAUCACGGGUAAUCAGAUCAAACUCUUGGAUAGUCUCAAACAAGAGUCGUAGGAACUGUGCUCAGAGGAGCGAAUGGUAAAAUGACUUUUAUUGAAGAUAAAAGUAACAACUCUAGAACUAGGAAUGGUUCUGCCCAGUAUGAUGAGUAUUUCAAAGCUGCUCAAAGUUUGACACCAAUUAGUAACAACAAGUCUAAAAGUAGAGUUUAAUAGUAUUAGACUGUUUCUUCAAUUAAGAGAAAGAUAGAUUCCAAAGAAAAUACUUUUUUUGAUCCAACUAUAUCUCCAAUAAAUUAGAAGAGCAAUGCUGGUACAACUCAUACUUCAGUUAACCACACUGCUGUCAAAUCCUUUGUAAAUGGAUAGAGCUCAGUUGUUUAAUAAAAAUAACUGGUAUAAGAGCAUAUUAAAAACAGCUAGCAAAAGAUUUAAUAGAAAAAGCACAAUUUCUUAUUUGAGGUGAAUGCAGACUCUUAAUAUAAAGCCAAAUAACCAUAAAAUGCCACUCUCAAUCAAAGGUCUCACUCUUAUGUUGAUCUAUAAAUUUAAAACAUUCCACCUUUGACUUAAAAUAGACCUAGUGGUACUUAGCCUAUAUCUCAUUUUACCAGUGUCUAAGUUGAAACUUAUAGAACCUAAGCAUCUAACGAAACAAAAAGAACAAGAAGGUCAAGAGCUGAAAGAUAAGCAUGCAGAAGUUAGUCUGCCAAUUCUGUGUCUUCUGGUGUAGAAACUGAUAGUUUUCAUGGAGGUAUUGGAAGUUUAAAAAGAGUUCCGAUCUAUAAACAAAAUCAUGAAUAAUCAUAAGUUGAUAAUAAUCAUAAUAGAAUUCCAAAUAAUUAACAGAGGAAAGUGUUUAAUGAAAAAACUGGAAAUAUUAUCAACCAAAGAUAAGGUGCUUCUCAUAAAUACUCAAAUAGCAAUUAGAAUCACCACCUUUUCUAGCUAGCAUCUUAAUCUUCCACUCCUAACUCUGAGUAUUUGUCCCCAAACUUUUUAAAAAAUCAUAGCUAAUCUAACAACAAUUUUAACGUCAAAAACGUACCAAGAAUACAAAUUGAGAGAAUAGAUGAAUCUAUAAGGAAUUUAAAGAACACUCAAAGUUCAGGCUUAUUUUCUCCAGCAUCAAGUCAUUAUAAUUCUAAUGACAUAAUCGAAAUCAUAUAAAGUGCAGAGGUAAUAUAGACAUUAAAAGAACUUCAAGAUUUAAGAAAUGAAACACAGAGAUUAUUGUCCAAAAGAGAUAAGAUACUCAAGCAUAAACAUAUCAGAUGA